UGAGGCGAAGGAGGAGGAGGAGCCGCGCGGCGCUGCACCGAGCCUGACCAUGGACGAGGAAUACGACGUGAUCGUGCUGGGCACCGGCCUCACCGAAUGCAUCCUGUCGGGCAUCAUGUCUGUGAAUGGGAAGAAGGUGCUGCACAUGGACCGGAACCCCUACUAUGGGGGUGAGAGCUCCUCCAUCACACCCCUGGAGGAGCUGUAUAAGCGUUUUCAGUUGCUGGAGGGCCCCCCUGAGGCGAUGGGCCGGGGCCGAGACUGGAAUGUUGACCUGAUCCCUAAGUUCCUCAUGGCCAAUGGGCAGCUGGUAAAGAUGCUGCUGUACACAGAGGUGACUCGCUACCUGGAUUUCAAGGUGGUGGAGGGCAGCUUCGUCUACAAGGGUGGCAAGAUUUACAAAGUGCCAUCCACCGAGACUGAAGCCUUGGCAUCCAACCUGAUGGGCAUGUUUGAGAAGAGACGCUUCCGCAAGUUCCUGGUGUUUGUGGCAAACUUUGAUGAGAAUGACCCCAAGACCUUUGAGGGUGUCGACCCCCAGAACACCAGCAUGCGCGAUGUUUACCGGAAGUUUGACCUGGGUCAAGAUGUCAUCGACUUCACUGGCCACGCCCUGGCGCUCUACCGCACCGAUGACUACCUAGAUCAGCCCUGUCUUGAGACCAUCAACCGCAUCAAGCUGUACAGCGAGUCCCUGGCCCGGUAUGGCAAGAGUCCAUAUUUGUACCCGCUCUACGGCCUCGGCGAGCUGCCUCAGGGCUUUGCGAGGUUGAGCGCCAUCUAUGGGGGGACAUACAUGCUGAACAAGCCCGUGGAUGACAUCAUCAUGGAGAACGGCAAGGUGGUGGGUGUGAAGUCCGAGGGAGAGGUGGCCCGCUGCAAGCAGCUGAUCUGUGACCCCAGCUACAUCCCAGACCGUGUGCGAAAGGCUGGCCAGGUUAUCCGCAUCAUCUGUAUCCUCAGCCACCCCAUCAAGAAUACCAACGAUGCCAACUCCUGCCAAAUCAUCAUCCCCCAGAACCAGGUCAACAGGAAGUCAGACAUCUACGUGUGCAUGAUCUCCUACGCGCACAACGUGGCUGCGCAGGGCAAGUACAUCGCCAUCGCCAGCACCACAGUGGAGACCGCAGAGCCCGAAAAAGAGGUUGAGCCUGCCUUGGAGCUGCUGGAGCCCAUUGACCAGAAGUUCGUGGCCAUCAGUGACUUGUAUGAGCCUGUCGACGAUGGUGCCGAGAGCCAGGUGUUCUGUUCCUGCUCCUAUGACGCUACCACACACUUCGAGACAACCUGCAAUGACAUCAAAGACAUCUACAAGCGCAUGGCAGGCUCCGCCUUUGACUUUGAGAACAUGAAGCGCAAACAGAACGAUGUCUUUGGAGAAGCCGAUCAGUGAUCAGUGAUUGCUGACCACCCCCCACCCCCGGCCCUGAUGCCCUCUCCCCAUACCCAAGUCUGUUCUCUAGGGUUGGGGAGAUGGGUGUGGCUGGGCACCCCUGUCUCCAGCACCCUCUGCUUCCCCCACCACAUUCCUGUUACCCACCUCAUUGAUUCACUGACCAAAUCCUUAACCUUAGUGAUGGUUUGGGACAUGGGGGUGGGGAGGCUGGAUAGCAUCCUCUUUCUUGACCCUUCCUUAUCUUGGAAAAGAGGGUUCUGCUCCUUGUGUUCGUCUCUCCCCCCACCCUUAAUUCUUCUGCUGUUUGGGAAGAAAGUGGAGGAAAAACUGACUUCUGCCCCCACCGCUCUUACACCCACUGUAGUGGCCUUUGGAGAUGCCCCCUGCCUCCCCCCACCAACUCUUGCUUGUUGGAGAGAAGGGGCCCUCCCAGCACAAAGUUGUGUUCCACCCUACCCCACCCCCAUAAUUUAUUCUAAUUUAUUAACCUGGGCCCACUCUGAGAAGGGAGCACUGGCUCUGGCCCAAAGCCUGGCCUUGGGGCUGGGGCACCCCCUGCCCCGCCACAGCCCAAGGGGGGAGGGCUUGGGCAGGCCCCUGUGGAGGUUGAUCUUGCCGUGUUUGUUUCUUGUCCUGUGACUGUGUCUGGUGCUUGCUGAGAAAAGAAAAGUGAGCUAAGCAGGAGGCAGUGGGAGAAGGAUCCACACUCCAGUGCUCGCCUCGCCCCGCCCCGCAUCUUCCUUUUGUGGUGGGAAACCCUUAUCUUGCAAAGUGGACGUGACCCCUUCCCCGACUCUAGUGUAUUUCACAGAAAGCAAACCUCCCAAUAAAACUGUGUUGAAA